GCCUCUUAAAUAGGAGCAAACAGACUCAUCGCUUGUGACUCUGACACCACUGAGACCAACGCUCCCUCUCCCGGACUGACGGGCCAAUCGCAGGACACCCCUCACUCUCUCAGUCGCUCUCUCUCUCUGAUUCUCUCUCUCGCAUUCAUUCCUUUGCUCUCUAUCUCUCUCUCUGUCUGUAGCUAAGUCUCUCUACCACACCUCGUCCAGAGCAGAGGAACAGAAAGCCCCCUGCCCAGCCCAGGGAUAGCCAGACCGCUGAGAGUAUGAAACUCUGACAAGCCGACAGACCGCAGGGAAACGAGCACAACUGCCCACAGAUAAUUGGUUGAAGGGAGAGUCCAGGAAGGUCAGCCAAGAAAGCAGCCGUAGGUGCCAGCGUGAAAUCUACAGCAACUACAAUUACUUCAACAGUGAGCGGCUGGAACAAGGUGAAUGACAGGUUGUAUCUGACAGAGAGAGGACCACCUCCACGCUCCAGCCCCGCUCCAACCCACUGGUUUGUUAGUAUCAACAGUGAGUGAAUCACCCAGCUUUGGCCCGUCCGGCGUUACCUGUACAUGGAGACCCCCAGCUGGGCAGGAAACACAUUGUGUAAAUCAGGAAGCAUUGCUGUCUUCGGGAACGUGGUGUACAGCGGGCUGCUCAACGAGCACCUCUGGCAUUUAGGAGUUCCCCUCUUCACGAGACUGGGUAACCAAGAGGCCACCAACCCCCCAGAAGCCAUGGCCCAGCCGUACACGCCUGCCCAGUACCCGCCUCCCCCACAGAAUGGCAUCCCGGCCGAGUUUGCGGCACCCCACCCCCUCCCCACGCAGGACUACACCGGGCAGAACAGGGUGCCUGAGCAUGCCAUGACCCUCUACACCCCCACACAGACGCACAGUGAGCCGCCGGGCACCGACAACAACACGCCCGCCAUCACCGCCAACACGACUGUACCGACAGAUGACGUGACGCAAUCAGAGGUCUCCCUGCAGCUCCAGCUGCAGCUCUCGGACUCCUCGGAGAAGCAGCAGCCCAAGAGGUUACAUGUCUCCAACAUCCCCUUCCGCUUCCGUGACCCCGACCUGCGGCAAAUGUUUGGGCAAUUUGGAAAGAUUCUAGAUGUGGAGAUUAUCUUUAAUGAGCGAGGAUCCAAGGGCUUUGGGUUUGUAACUUUUGAAACGAGCACAGAUGCCGACCGUGCGCGGGAGAAACUAAACGGUACAAUCGUAGAGGGACGCAAAAUUGAGGUGAAUAAUGCAACAGCAAGAGUGAUGACAAACAAAAAAGUUGCCAACCCGUACACAAAUGGCUGGAAGCUGAACCCUGUGGUGGGUGCUGUCUAUGGUCCUGAACUGUAUGCUGUAACAGGUUUCCCUUACCCGGCCACAGGGGCUACGGUGGCCUAUAGGGGCGCCCACUUGCGAGGCCGGGGGCGGGCUGUGUACAACACCUUCCGCACAGCACCUCCACCACCACCUAUUCCAGCCUAUGGAGCAGUGGUGUACCAGGAUGGCUUCUACGGAGCAGAAAUCUAUGGGGGCUACGCUGCGUACCGAUACGCCCAGCCCACCACCGCUGCUGCCUACAGUGACAGCUAUGGCAGAGUCUAUGCAACAGCAGACCCCUACCACCACACAAUCGGCCCUGCCGCUACAUACAGUGUGGGGACCAUGUAAAUAACAAAGGCAACGCUGUGCUCAGUAUUGAUGGACAUCACAGAUGAAAACAACGAGAAGAGGAGAACUAGCUUUAAGAAAACAACAGGAGAAGAAGAGAAGGAGUCCCUCUACUGAGGCUGGUGAGGAAGGACAGGAGGCGUGCGUGUGGAGUGGUGCCGCGGCGGUGUCAAAACCAGCCACAAGCGCUACAGACGGAGCCAGUUUCCAGGGACCACCUUUGCCGGAUAGAAGAGAAAGACAACGAGAGAAAAAAGAGAGAAAGCAUCCUGUUAUUAUUAUAACACAUUUUAUUUUUCUAUACUUUUGUGAUUUACAGCUUGUGAUUUACAAGUAAAAAGUGUGUAUAAAACAGUAUAUAUGUACAAAUAUGUUUUUAUGUUUUUGGUAAGGAAGACGAACAGUUGUCCCUCGAUGCUGAUUCUGUGGUGGAGAGGGAGAGUCCUGCUCUUCUCUCUCUGGCACACCACUCCUGUCACUGACAGACAAGAGGAGGUGAUGUGUAUAUAUAUGAU